UAUUUAAAUUGAUUCGAAUUCAUAUUACUGUAGUUCAAAAUGUCAAGCACGGGUAGGGAAUUUGCAGGUUCAUAAAUUUUUUUUGAAGUUGGGACUUGGAAGCAUCAGACAGAAGAGGAGGUAGGUAAAUACAUCCAUAGAGAUUCGGAUCACGUAACUUCCAAACUUGUUAUAGUGUAGCAUCCUUAUUUCUCUGCCACCAUAGUGUCCCAAACUCUGUCAGAUAUGCUGUCUAUUCAAAUUUAUUGCUCUGCCUCUUAUCACGCCCCCAUUUAAUUUUCCACAUCUUUAUAUUCCUACCCAAUUCCACUAUUCCAAUUCUCACCCCUUCAAACGGAGUUUUAAGUCCCUUUCUAUGGCUUCAGCAAAAGCCAAACCAAGGAAAAGACUAGGAGAAUUUCUAAAGGAGCAACAAGAGCCUUUCAUCCUAGAGCUUUACCUUUUAGAAAAAGGGUACUCAACAAAUAUUGGAGAAUCUGGCAAGAGCAAAGAGAGAUGGUCAAUAAGCAAAAAGAGAGAGCCUCUCUUCCAAUUCUCCAAAGUUCUAACAACUCUACACAAGAAGCUUGUUUUCCACAACCAAAGUUGUAUUUUAAUUAGGGACUCCGACAUUAUAGACGAACAUGUUAAUGUUAAUGUUAACGUCAGUGUCCCUCGUGAAGCUGAGAGCACUGAUCAAAGUCAUCAAACAAUUGAGGACACAGAUCGGUUCUCAUUCUCAACAUCUAUCAACUCAACCGUGUACCUUUCGUGCUCAGAUAUUGAUGAAGAUGGAACCUCGUUGUCGCCGCAUAAAGACAAAGCUUUGUUUUCUCCAAACACUUUCCAAGCUUCCAAUAUAGAAGUACUGCAGAGCCAGCAGGCUACCAACAAUGAAGAGCACCACCAGAGAUGCUUAGAAGGUAGCCCUGUUCCAGAGUCUCGAAAUAUUUCUGUGGCGCACGCGACAUUAAAUCAGGAUGUUUCGGGAAUGGAAGAAAGAAGAAUGAGCAGUUGCUGUGUCUUUGUACCGAAGAAAAUCACGGAGGAUUCGCUGCUAUCGGUGGCUCUAUGGAGUUCGCUUAUUCAAUCAGUCAAGAGAGAAAGGUGUAGCAAGGAGUUGCGAGAGUUCCUUGGGGCAAAUCCAGAUGUUUGCCACGUGUUGAAGUCUAGAACGUUGUUGCAUAAGGCAAAACAGCUUUUGUUUUAUUGUGUGAGAGAAAUUAGUACUCCUAAAAAUCUUUCGAGAAAAGAUUGUAGACAAAAACAAUGUUUGAAACAAUUAACUAGGGGACCUGAAGAGCUGGGGAAGAUAAUAUGGGAGAGGACAAGGGAAUUGGGUGGAAAUGAGACAAAUCUAAUAACCAAGUUACUGAGUUUGGAAUACUUGAAUUCGAUGGAUGAAUGGAGUGAGUUGAAACCGCAAGUGAGACAUAUUUGCGUUGAGGUUGCCGAAGCGGUUUUGGAACGUUUGACCUACGAAAUUGUAGAAGAGAUGAUUCAAGUCUUGUCACCAACCUUAUAACAAGUUUGAUUUAUCUCCAUUGUAAUGACUCCUGCCCCAUUUCAGAUAAUUCUGAUCCUUCUUAUAUGAUGCGUUUCCUUGUCUUUAUUUUUUAUAAAUUAAAAAAAAUAAAAAAUCAAACGUGCCCCCACCCAA